AUGCUCGAUCUCCAAGAUUUCAUCAAGGAGCGCGGCGGCGACCCGGAGAAGAUCCGCGAGUCCCAGCGCCGUCGCCAUGCCCCGAUCGAGGCCGUCGACGAGGUCAUUGCCCUGUGGGAAGACCACCGCAAGACCCAGUACGCCGCCACCCAGAUCGGCAGCGACAUCAACGCGACGCAAAAGGAGAUUGGCAUGAAGAAGAAGAACAAGGAGAACGCCGACGACCUGCUCAAGAAGAAGGAGGACCUGCAGAAGCAGAAGAAGGAGAAGGAGGACGAGGCCGUGGCGAAGCUCAAGGUGCUCAACGCCAAGGCGAAGAGCAUCGGCAACUACGUCCACGAGUCUGUCCCCGUUAGCGACAACGAGGACAACAACGUCACCGAACGCGAGUGGAAGCCCGAGGCCGGACUGGGCGCCAAGACGGAGGAGACCCUUUCCCACCACCAGGUCGUCACGCGUCUGGCCGGCUACGACUCCGAGAGGGCCGUCAAGCUUGUCGGACACAGAGGUUACUGCUUGACCGGCUACGGUCUGUUGCUGAACCAGGCUCUGAUCCAGUACGGUAUCGCAUUCCUCUUCAACAGGGGCUACACGCCCAACCAGCCCCCCUUCAUGAUGAAGCGCGAGGAGAUGGCCAAGACUGCCCAGCUUGAGCAGUUCGACGAGGAGCUGUACAAGGUCACCGGCGAUGGCGAGGAGAAGUACCUCAUCGCCACCUCCGAGCAGCCCCUCUCUGCCCUGCACAGCGAGGAGUGGAUUCAGGCCAGCCAGCUGCCCAUCAAGUACGCCGGUUACAGCACGUGCUUCCGUAAGGAGGCCGGCAAGCACGGUAAGGAGGCCUGGGGUCUGUUCCGUAUCCACCAGUUUGAGAAGAUCGAGCAGUUCGUCUUUUGCAAGCCCGAGGACAGCUGGAAGCACUUUGACGAGAUGAUUGCCAACUCCGAGGAGUUCUACAAGUCCCUCGGACUGCCCUACCGCGUCGUUUCCAUCGUCUCUGGCGCCCUGAACAACGCCGCCGCCAAGAAGUACGACCUCGAGGCCUGGUUCCCCUUCCAGCAGGAGUACAAGGAGCUCGUCUCCUGCUCCAACUGCACCGACUACCAGACCCGCGAGCUCGAGGUCCGCUACGGUGUCAAGAAGGCCAAGGAGGCCCCCGGCGGCGGACGCAAGGAGUACGUCCACGCCCUCAACGCCACGCUCUGCGCCACCGAGCGCACCCUCUGCUGCAUCAUGGAGAACUACCAGACUCCCGACGGCUUCGAGGUACCCGAGGUGCUGCGCAAGUACAUCCCCGGCGAGCCCGAGUUUUUGCCGUACGUGGCGGAGUUGCCCAAGGAGAUUACCGUCGUCGCUGGCCAGAAGAAGAAAUAG